AUGAAGUCCACCACCCAGGACCCGAGCAAGGAUCCCAAGCCGACCGCGUCUGCGAACAAGAAGAGGACUCUGAAGGACUUUUUGGAGCCGGAGGGACCCAAGCCAAAGCCUUGCACCGGAAGUGACAGUACGUGUUGGCUUGAUGUAGCAGCAACAUAUCGAUGCUGGGUGUUGACGAAUGACUUUUCAACAGAGGAGAACGAUAACGACCGCCCCGUGAAGAAGAAGAUCAAAUCACCCAAGACCACCAAUGAUGAUUCUGUGGCCAACGAUGACGAUCUCGACUCUCCUCCGAGCUCGCCCCCGCUCAUACCUCCCGGCUUGACAGCAUCUGGGAGCAGCCCGCCCGACCGGGAGACAACAGCUCCUAAUACGCCCUCCCGCCCCCCACCAGUCAUCCUGACCAAGGCGCCAGCCGAUGGGCCGUCCACUGCUAGCAUCGAUCCCACGCAGAAAACCGGCGAAAAGAGGAAGCGUACCGUUCUGAGUGCUGAAGAGAAGGCGGCCAAGAGGGCGGAGGAGGAGGCCAAGAAGGCGGAGAGGGAAGCUGCCAAGCAGAAGAAGGCUGAGGAAGCUGCCAAGGCCGAGGAACUGAAGCGCCAGAAGCAGGCGGAGAAGGAGGCAAAGAAGCGGGAGAAGGAAGAUGAGCUAGCCAAGAAGAAGCAGGAGAAGGAGGAGAAGGAGAGGAAGAAGCGGGAGAAGGAGGAGGAGGCGGCCAAGAAGGCUCGCAGCCAAGCGACUCUUACCAGCAUGUUCGGCUUGAAGUCCAGCACAUCCAAGAAGGACCAGCCAGCCGUCAAAUCUCAGAGCGGUGAUGCGACGACCUCGACAGAGACACCCACCAAGACUCAGGCCAGCGGACAGUCUGCUUAUCAACGAAUGUUCAAGGACUUCUAUCUCAAGGAGCAUGUCAAGCUGGCGCCAGCGCCAGUCCAGAUGGAUGAGGAGACUCGGGAGGUGCAGACUAAGAUUCUUGACGAGUACAUCAACGGCACUCGGACGCACACCCCUUCCUCUCGCUUCAAUGCCAUGGAGGUACUUGAGCUUCCGUUCAAGGUCAAACGUGGCCGCACUUUCCCGAGCGUCAAGAAGAUCAUGGCUGAAGUCUCAUCAUCUGAGUCUCGGACUUCUCUGCAAGCUAACCACCUGCAGGAGCUCCUGAAUCAGGUUCCAGUCAUCUCCAUCAAGUUCUCCGAGGAUGUGCGGCCGCCCUAUAUUGGGACCAUCAGCGAUUACCCCAAUGGUCUUGGUGCUCUCAAGAAGCUCGCCAGGCGCCCAAUCCGGACAGACAUCCUCCCUCUGGCCUACGACUACGAUUCUGAGGCUGAGUGGCAGGAAGAGGAUGGCGAAGACAUUGAGUCCCUGGAUGAUGAAGAUGAUGAAGACGAGGAUGAGGACAUGGCGGAUUUCCUCGACGAUGAGAAUGACGUGGGGCCCUCACGGAUGGUGUUUUCUGGGGGGAUGGAGCCUGAGAGCAGCGGACUGUGCUGGGAAAACCGCAAGCGUGGCACAUCUGAGCCGAAGAUGUACAAGUUGAGGAUGGAGUUUAUUCUUGGUAAGCAACCACACAUUUCCCCGGUCACGCCGAGCCUUGCUAACCAGCUGCUAGACAAACUUGAACAUCACCACAGCGUCGACCCCUUCUCCGCCGCCUACUGGGAAACCUCCAAGCCGGCCAAAUCUGAGACAGGCAACCAGAAGUCGAGCGCAGCUGCGAAGGCGACAAAAUCGUCAUCCGGUUCGGAUUCGAGUCCAAAGACCAAAAAGCAGUCUGCUACACAGGCCUCUUGUACCACGCCCACAGAUGCGUUCCAGGCUCUUAAUGCUGGAACGCGCAAGAAGAAAUCUGACCAGCCACUGCCCCCCGAUCUGCAGGAGAAGCUCAAGGCUCUGGUCAGAGAGAGGCCCACGCUGAGUAAGGUGGGAGUGAUUGAGCUCUUUAUGGACAACAAUGCCAAUUGCAGUAAGAAACAGAUCCAGAACGCCUAUUCUGAGUUGAUUGUCAGGGUUGGCAGGGAGCACAAGGUGAAGGGGGAGUAG